UUCGGCCGCUUGAGAGGAGAAGAGCCCGGACGCGAGCCUGGGCGGAGAAGGCGGGCGCCGCGCGUGCGCAGAGGUGUGGUCGGGGGAAGGUGAGCUGCAGCUGGAUUUGGAGGCGCGGCGCCUGUGAGGUGAGUAUUGUCUUAAAUGACCUCAUACCCUUGGCCACUGGUCCUGGGCCAAGAUGGGCCAAUCAGAGUCUUUACCCAGAACUUUAUGAACUGAAACUAAGAAAGAAAGAAAAUCCCUCUCCAAUGUGCAAGCUAUAAAAUGUAAAACACAGAAGCUGUCAGCAGCCACGCGUCCUGCCAUGUGAAACCAGCUGGUCUGCAAUGAAAAGAAUGAAGCUGGCAUGCAGAAAGCAAUAGAGAACCAUGUGUGCUCAGUACUGCAUCUCCUUUGCUGAUGUUGAAAAAGCUCAUAACAACAUUCAAGAUUUUAUCCACCUCACACCAGUGCUAACAAGCUCCAUUUUGAAUCAAGUAACAGGGCGUAAUCUUUUCUUCAAAUGUGAACUUUUCCAGAAAACUGGAUCUUUUAAGAUUCGUGGUGUCCUCAAUGCAAUCAGAGGCUUGAUGCCGGCCACUUCAGAACAGAAGCCCAAAGCUGUUGUUACUCACAGCAGUGGAAACCAUGGCCAGGCUCUCGCCUAUACUGCUAAAUUGGAAGGGAUUCCUGCUUAUAUUGUGGUGCCCCAAACAGCACCCAACUGUAAAAAAUUGGCAAUACAAGCCUAUGGAGCCUCUAUAGUGUACAGUGAACAGAGUGAUGAGUCCAGAGAAAAUGUUACCAGAAGAAUUAUGGAAGAAACGGAAGGCAUCAUGAUACAUCCCAACCAGGAGCCUGCAGUGAUAGCUGGGCAAGGGACCAUCGCCAUGGAAGUGCUAAACCAGGUCCCCUUGGUAGACGCACUGGUGGUACCUGUAGGAGGAGGAGGAAUGGUUGCUGGAAUAGCAAUCACAGUUAAGGCUCUGAGACCUAGUGUGAAGGUGUAUGCUGCUGAACCCUUGAAUGCAGAUGACUGCUACCAGUCCAAACUGAAAGGGGAACUCACCCCCAACCCCUAUCCUCCAGAAACCAUAGCAGAUGGUGUCAAAUCCAGCAUUGGCUCAAACACCUGGCCUAUUAUAAGGGACCUCGUGGAUGAUGUCUUCACUGUCACAGAAGAUGAAAUUAAGUAUGCAACCCAGUUGGUGUGGGAGAGGAUGAAACUGCUUAUUGAACCUACAGCUGGUGUUGGAGUGGCUGCUGUGCUCUCUCAGCAUUUUCAAACAGUUUCCCCAGAAGUAAAGAAUGUUUGUAUUGUGCUCAGUGGUGGAAAUGUAGACUUAACCUCCAUAACUUGGGUGAAGCAGGCUGAAAGGCCAGCUCCUUAUCAAUCUGUUUGUGUUUAAUUUA